UUUCUGUCUCUCUCACUCUGCUUUUGUGCUCUGUUUCUCAAUUCAACAUUCCGAGUCAGAGCCAACGGCGAUGGCGGCAGAGCUACAAACCAAGCCCGAAACUGCCCUAGUUCCGGCUCCUGUUGUGGCUGAGGUGCCGCCAAACGACGCCGUUGCCGCCGACAAAACUUCUGAAACAGAGGAAGCCAAACCCACUACUCCUGCACCCGAGGAGACACCAGUUUCUGCAAACAAACAAAGCUCAAGAGCGACCGUUGAUACGGAUAUCACUCUGGCAGAAGUAGAGAAAGAGAAAAAGUUGUCUUAUGUGAAGGCAUGGGAAGAAAGUGAAAAGGCCAAAGCAGAGAACAGAGCUGAAAAGCAUUUCUGUGCUGUUGCUGCUUGGGAAAACGGCAAGAAGGCAUCGCUUGAGGCUGAGCUGAAAAAAAUUCAGGAACAACUGGAGAAAAAGAAGGCAGAAUAUGCUGAAAAAAUGAAAAAUAAGAUGGCCUUAGUUCACAAGGAAGCGGAGGAGAAGAGGGCAGUGAUUGAAGCCAAGCGUAAACAAGAACUUCUGAAGACACAGGAAAUGGCUGAAAAAUACCGUGCAUCAGGAACCACUCCAAAGAAGACCAUAGGAUGCUUCUGAUUGAUUUCUUCUUCUUUUUUCUUUCUUUUUGGGUCUGAUGUCAAAAAGUAGUUUAUAAUUGCAAUUUUGUCUGUAUUUUCUCUGGUCUUGUUCUCAAUGUUGUCUAUGUGCAAAAAAUGGUCCAAAGAAAAAACAUAAAGUUUUGUAAAUGCCUCUUGUAUAUCAUUAUGAAAUGUUCAAUGUAAUGGUGGUUUUUCCCAAGGAACUACUCUAAUUAUCAAGAA